GAAGGAUCAGUUAGAAUUCGCAUCACCGCGAACGAUCGCGCCACAGCAAGUCCGUCGUGAAAGUGGGAAUAAAUUUAAUUUGUAUCGAGUAAAAAUGAAGAUUCUAAUCGUCGUCUUUGCCCUAUGCGUUGCUGGUUCUUUGGGAGGAUUGACGGAUGAACAGAAAGCCAAACUGAUGGGCUACAAGCAAUCCUGCAUCACCGAGUCAGGCGUCGAGCCAAAUGCUGUUGAGAAUGCGAAACGAGGAGAAAUAGCAGAGGACGAUGAGAAACUUGCUUGUUUUGCCUCUUGUUACCUCAGACAUAUCGGAGUUUACGACGCUGAAGGAAAUGUUCACGAGGACGUUUUCCGUGCAAAAUUACCCGCUGACGUUCCAAAGGCAAAGGCAGACCAAGUAGUCAAUACCUGCACUGGACGUACUGGAAGUACCUUCUGCCGUACCGGUGCAAAGCUGCUUAAAUGCUUCAUGGAAUCGCGAACUGUCGCCGUUUUGUAACAAGAUUUCCGUCUGAUUAGAUUUAGGAAACCGAAACUCCGGGUGGGAUGAUGU